CAACGCCGGUUUCGGGGCGAGUGAGAAGAAGGAAGCGUGGUGGCGUUGCGUGGAGGGCUGUGGUGCUUGCUGUAAGCUUGAGAAGGGGCCUUCUUUCCCUUCCCCUGAGGAAAUUUUCACUGACCCUUCACAUGUUGAGCACUACAAGAGCUUAAUAGGUCCAGAUGGAUGGUGCAUACACUAUGAGAAGAUUACUAGGAAAUGCUCUAUAUAUUCUGAGCGCCCAUAUUUUUGUCGUGUAGAGCCAGAGAUAUUUGAUUCUUUGUAUGGAAUUAGCGAGAAGAAAUUCAACAAGGAGGCCUGCAGUUGCUGCAGGGAUACAAUUAAGGCUAUUUAUGGUCCCAAUUCAAAGGAGCUUCACAAUUUCAACAACUCAAUUUGGAGCACUCCUAGUUAGAUCUUUUGGCCCCCUGAAACUCCAUUGCUAAAGGUCAUUUCUUUUUCUUUACCUUAGUUCUCUUCUAUGUUUCAAUUUGUGAAAUGCUAACAACGUUAGAGAUAUGGCAUGCAGACAUAAGAUUUGGCUCCCCAAAAGUGCAUUAAGCAGUAUAGUAUGAGUUGUAAAUACUUAUCACUAGAAAAUAUGGAUAUGUCAAUGGGAUGGCAUGUUUGCAUGUCCUAUAGAAUAUAGACACCCAUAGGCACAAAUAUGACAUGUGUCAGGUACUAUUUCUACUGGCCAAAUUAUUAUUGUUAUAGAUUGGACAUGGGGUGGAAAUGCUCCCUUAUUUGAGAUGAGUAUAUGUAUGUAUCUGUCAUGAACCCGUUUUGCAUGUAUAUGGUCCGUCUUCAUUUAACGAUUUUGAGAUUUCAAUG